AGUACGCAACAUUAACAGAGCUCAAUACAAUGAUUUCAAUCGCUGCUUACUAUUACCCCGGCUUUAUUCAGGUUCCAACGGGAAAUAUAGACUUUACAGUACGACAAUACACCAUUCGGUGGACUGUACUUCAUCAGAAGAAGAAGAGGGAGAGAACCGUCAACAAAGCACAAAGAGGUAUAACGGACCGGGAUAACGGAAAGGUGUAUUGGUGAAUACUGGUAGCACUGGAUGGGCGUUGGUGGUAUGGGUGUUAUGUGGAGUAUUCUCUAUGUUUGGAGCUCUCUGCUAUGCUGAGCUUGGGACAACAUUUAAAGUAUCUGGAGGAGAUUAUUCCUAUCUCCUUGAUGCAUACGGACCAAUACCUGCUUUUCUACAGAUCUGGAAAAAGAUUGUAGUUGGUAGAACGGGUGGAUGGGCAAUCAGCUCAGUUUCUAUCUCAUAUUACGUCCUAGUGCCUUUCUACAUGGGAUGUGAAGUCCCUUUUGUAAUCACCAGACUCAUUGGAGCAGCUAUCUUGAUUUUCAUAGUUUUAAUCAACUCGGUGAGCGUUCCAUUAGCACGCAAGAUACAAGUAGUAACAUCAGUCUUGAAAGUACUAGGUCUUGGUGUCGUCAUCGUCAUUGGUUUAUACCAACUUGCAAAAGGGGAUACAUCGAACAUUGAGACUGCAUUUGUCGAAGGGUCUAUACGAUGGAAGACUUUGCCUCUUGCAUUCUACUCUGGACUAUACGCCUACACUGGAUGGCAAUUCCUUCCUGCGAUUUCUGAGGAAAUCAUCAAUCCGACCAGGACAAUUCCCCUUGCGAUUAUAAUUUCCAUGACUAGUGUCACAGUCCUGUACGUGCUUGCCAACAUUGCUUACUUCACCGUGCUCAACAGUGAUGAAGUAUUAGUUUCCAACGCAGUUGCUUUAGAUCUUGGUCAACGUGUGAUUGGAGACUGGUCUUUGAUUCUAAAUGCAAUUGUAGCCAUCUCGAUAGCAGGAGCACUAAACGGAUCAACAAUCACUUUUACAAGAGAGUUUUUGGUGGCAUCACGUGAGGGACACAUCCCCGAGAUUGUUUCAAUGGUUCACAUUGAUCGGAAGACUCCCGUUCCGGCCAUCAUCACUCUGAUUCCAUUCAGUUUAAUAAUGAUGAUCAGCGGCGACGUCAGUAAUCUUGUUAACUUUGUUGGUUUUACCGCCUGGCUAUUCAUUGCUUUAACCUGUGCAAUUAUCCCGUAUUACCGGUGGAAAUAUCCAGAACUUGAGCGUCCGUUUAAGGUUCCUCUGGUGAUACCAAUCAUCUUCGUAUUCUGUGCAUUGUUCCUGGUUGGUAUGUCAAUCUACAGCAGCCCUGUAGAUUGUGGAAUAGGUUUAGCCAUUACUCUUCUCGGGAUACCAGUCUACUAUGUAGGCGUGGCUUGGAAGAAUAAACCUAAAUGGUUCAUCAAUGGAAUGGAUAAAUUGACAGUAUUCUUGCAGCAGGUGUUACUCGUUGUUCCACAUGAAUCUGAGCAAGUUGAAUGAUAUAUCAUAAAUCGAGGAUAACAAAGUCGAUGUUAUUGCCGAAAUGAGUACGAAGGUGAAUGAAUCAGUGUACCAAAACGCUGCUGAACACGAUGUUGCAACAUUGUUCAAGACGGCAUUCUCACUGGCGAUGACGAAAAUCCAUUUCUCGUAAAAAAAACAAGGUUCAUAGCAUAGGCAUUUUCUCCCAAGGUUAAUGACAGAAUGUGGUUUGAGAAUAUUAAAUGAAUUUUUUUUUUCAUAUUCUUCAAUCCGCUUAGAAGUCUACUUUGACAUGAACAGAACAUCACUCCGAAAUCCCUUUACGGCCCUCAGCAAAAUCAAGUUUUCAGUGGAGUUUUUUUUAUUAACAUAAGCCUUUAAAAUACUCAGAAAGUUAACAAGUGCACAUAGAGUUACCAAGGAUGCUUCCCGGGAAAUGCUUAUAUCAUUUCCAUUGGACUAACGAGCACUAUUGAUUAAAUACAUUCCAUGCUCAGGGGCCGCAGCCCCCCACUUUUUUUUCUAAAACCGUGUACAAAAACGUAAAAAUUACCAUUAUGAUUGUGAAUUUUGGCAUGGUCAGCCCCCCCCCCCCACACUGAAAACCGUUCCGCGGCCCCUGAUGCUCAAGGGUAUCGGUACCGUGGCCCUUGAUCGAACAUCGGACUUUCAUGUAUCUGGUCAGGCGCCCGAGACCGCUCCUCCAUGGGAAAUACAUGUAUAGAUUUAUCUCCGACAAUGACCAAUUAUCAUAUAGGCAUGUAUUAUCACUUUUCUUUAGUUUUUAUACUAUACUCCGUAAUUGUAUCAAGUGGCAUGAGUCAAAAAAUGUUUUAGAUGGUCGAGUUUUUAGUAUGAUACAUCGUUUUUUUUGUUUUUUUUUAGAGAGAAAGAAGUAAGCAAAGUAAUCAACUAUUCAAAAGGGUAAAAUAUUUCUAUAAGCAUCAUUUUUUGGUUUAGCUAGACGUCUGUAUUGGAUUGUAACAAUGACUGACAGUAUUUUCGGGGAUCAUCAAAUAUAUUGCUUUUUGAUGAACCACAUUGUCCUCGUCUAAAAUACGAGGGACAAUAUGAUCCUGUUGUGGGCAAUAUAUUUGAUGUUCCUCUCAAGGCCAGUCAACAUUUUUUUUUAAAUUAUACAUGAAAUCUCCAUACUACAGUGCGUAUCAAAAAAAAGUUUACACUUUGAAAAAGCCCUGGGAAUUCAAAAAUAUACAACAUGUGGGUAAUUUUUUCACAUAUAAUCUUAGGUUUGGGUCUCAUCUAUCAAAUGAAAGUAAAAGUUUUGACAGAAUGUUACACUUGAGUGAGCACUGUCCAUUUUUGUAAAGCUCGCAGAAAUCUGUUUGCGCAGAAAUGCUCGUUUUCACGCUGUGUCAAGGGUAAAGGGCGAAAUCAAACUUACCCUGCGAAACAUUUCCCUUGCACUUUUAGUCAAUUGAAAUAAAACGGAUACAUUCAAGCAUUUUGUAACAAUUUUGCCACCAAACUGAAAUUUCAUCAUUUAGUAAGCACAACCUUUACCCUUUUUGUGCCAGCUGGAUCUGAGGACAUAACUGAACCUGAACAAAAGUUUAUAUCAGACAUCUCAAGCAUUUUACACUGAGUUUUUAUCAUUUAAAGUGGGUUUACAUUUCAUUUUUCAUUUAAUACUUGUUUCUCCACACUUUUCCCAAGCUUGACAAUGAUUAACAAAAUUAAAAUCAAGCCUAAGCCAUUUCAUGUAAAUCACAGCUCAGUGCAAAGGAAAAUUCGUCUCGAUGGCCUCGGUGUGUGUGGGAGUGGGGUGGGGCGCAAUGCACUCUUCGAAGUGUUUUGGGCAAGGAAACAAGUUUAAAAAGGUAAAAGAUAUCUUCAAAUCAAUUUUACAAGCUAAAUUCCACGUUUUCUUCAUGAUUAAGAUCUACUUUUAUUUGCAUAACUAUUUCAAAGUUCUGCGCAAAUAAUUUUUCACUACAUUUUCAAAAGUAAGUGGUGCUCACUCAAGCGGAAAUAUUUUUCGAGUUAUAUCGUCAUUUGCUUAAAUGGAUCUGUACCAAUGUUAAAAUGUGGAAAAUCUUCAGGAUAUUACAAAUGUAUAAUUUUACAGGAUUUUUUCAAAGUGUAAACUUUUUUUUGAUACGCACUGUAUAGUCCAUGGGUCUGUACAACCUCAUAGUUUAAACAUCUUUAGUGAAUUUGGGCUGUGAUUUUUUUUUUUUUUGGGGGGGGGGGGUGGGGUAACCGCCUCCAGCUCACCCAUUUGUUGGUGGAGCUGGGGGCCGUUUCGUAAAGCUAUUCAUAAGUUAAGAGCAGCUUCAAGAACUGGUGAACCUUUCUUACGCGCUAAAUCACCACAAUGGACAUUUUGGUGUGUACCAUUUACAAGAAAGUAUCACCAGUCAUUCUUAAAGUCGCUCAUAACUUACGAACAGCUUUAUGAAACACCCACCAAAAUAUUGAAUAUAUUAAUUCACAUCUACCCUUCUAAUUCAUAGAACAGUCUGAUUGUAAGUUAGGGGCGAGGUAUGAAAUAAUAAUUGAUUGUAAAUAUCUGCAUAUUGAUUAUAAUUUGUUUUUAUGAGAGAAGAGUAUAAGAUCUUACAGCAACAGUAUUGAAAAAAAAAUCAUUACCCUAACUGGGGCCCAGUUCAUUAAACUUGUUAUAACAACAAAUUUAGAAUAGCAGUUACUAUAGCAAGCUACUGACAUCACUCAGUUUGAUUGUCUGAUACUUGUUAAAUAACAAAUAUAUAUAAAAUGGGAACCUGACCAGUGCGGUGAUGCGUCUUACACCGCAUGUGACCGAAAACAUAUGAGGCACACAUUAAUCUUUGGGAAACACCCCCUAUUCUCAUGCUAAAUAGGAACCCUAUGUUACUUAUAAGUGAAUUUCCUAUCAAAACGUCAAAUAAACUUUGGAUUCAGAGGAUUAUAUACAAGUGUUAAUCUACAAAGAUCACAAUGAAAUUAAGCGGGGAGAAUUGCAGCGAUUUGCAUCCAAGAAGGGAUCACCAGUCAUUGGUACAACAGUUUUCUAAAAUAGCCCCUGGUCGCCAUCAUUCCUGAUUGUAUACAUGGACAAGGGAGGUGGAGGCGUUUCCCUGGCCCCUAAGAAAGUUGUACUGAACUGUUGACGUUUUCUUGGGCGCUAAUUCAGAUUCAAAAGCAUUUUGAUUUCCAUUAGCUAGAGGUGGAAUCCAAUCAUUGUAGAUUAAAAUUUUAAUUGUUAAAAAGCAUAAUUAGGAAAUGCACUCCUAUCCUAUUAGAAGGGGAAAUGUGAUACCUUGUUUAGCACAAGAUAGUUGGGUCACUAAUUUGAAUUAGGGGUCCACAAACUACAAUCAUUUCCAUAAAUAUUGAUCAUGUAUAAUAUGCUCUUGUAUUAAAUUCAUUAUUAUUACCA